CCCUCCGUCCUCUGAUUGGCUGCCGCUCUGGCAUUCCAGCCUGGUGUUUUUCCCAGACGUCACAUAUAAAUAACGCCGAUGUGAGCCGGACGAGGUUAAAGAACUGUUCCCCUUCGCGCGUCGUCACAUCUCCACCGCCAGAGACAGACGGAAAUGGGUACUCUAGUCCUUCCUGUCCUGCUGGGACUCUUCCUGGCUUUGGCCAACUCCUUCCCCACCCAGGAACCGGAAGAGGGGAAAAACUGGGUGGUGAUUGUGGCGGGUUCUGCUUCUUGGUACAACUACAGACAUCAGGCUGACGCAUGCCACGCCUACCAGAUCGUCCACAAGAACGGCAUCCCGGAUGAGCAGAUCGUGGUCAUGAUGAUGGAUGACCUGGCAGACGCUGACGAGAACCCAACCCCCGGCAUCCUGAUCAACAGGCCCAACGGUACCGACGUCUACAAGGGCGUGGUCAAGGACUACACUGCUGAAGCAGUGACUCCAGAGAACUUCCUGGCUGUCCUGCGGGGUGACGCCUCCAAAGUCAAAGGUGGUUCAGGCAAAGUGUUGAAGAGUGGCCCGAACGACCACAUCUUUGUUUACUUCACUGACCACGGCGCACCCGGAAUUCUGGCUUUCCCCAUUGGAGAGCUGCACGUCAAAGACCUCCAGGACACAAUCAAGUACAUGCACGACAAUAAGAAGUACAAGAAGAUGGUGCUGUACAUAGAAGCGUGCGAGUCCGGAUCAAUGAUGAACCACCUGCCUGAUGACAUUGACGUUUACGCCACCACGGCCGCCAACGCCCACGAGUCGUCGUACGCCUGCUACUACGACUCCGAGCGGGACACCUACCUGGGAGACUGGUACAGCGUCAACUGGAUGGAAGACUCCGACCAGGAGGACCUCUCCAAGGAAACUCUCCUCAAACAGUUCAAGAUCGUCAGGAGUCACACCAACACCAGCCACGUGCAGCAGUUCGGAAACAAAACUAUGGCCCACAUGAAGGUGGCCACCUUUCAGGGAAACCCCAAGACCGUCAGCCCGCCCGGUGUCCCUCUGCCGCCCGUCGCCGACCCGGACUUGACACCGAGCCCCGACGUCCCUCUGGCUAUCCUGAAGAGGAAGCUGAUGGCGUCCAACGACAUCAAAGAAGCCAGGGAGCUGCUGACGGAAAUAGACGCUCACUUGAAGAUCAGGGAGAUGCUGGCCGCCACUAUGCGUCACAUCGCCGUCAGGGUGACGGGCGACAGGGCGGAGGCCGAUGAGGUGGUGCAGGAGAGACGGGAUCUGUCAGAGCACGAGUGCUACCGGGCCACCGUGGACCACUACAAGCACACCUGCUUCAACUGGAACAAAGCUGAGUACGAAUACGCUUUAAGACAUCUCUACGUCCUCCUCAACUUGUGCCAGAGAGGAUACAGCGCCCACAGCAUCCAGACGGCCAUGGACUCCGUGUGUUACUUCAGCAAGUAAGAAGAGGGAAAAAAAAGUAAGAAAGCCGCUGUGAUGCUGGUCAAUUGCUGUCUAUUCACGCUUGGACUUUUUGUCUUCUGAUGACUUUUCAUUCUGCAGAGAUUUUUUGUUUUGUUUUAAGACUUUUAAGAUGAGUUGCACUUGUCAGUGUGAAGGAUUAGUGAAUGCCUUUUUAAUGAUUGUGUGCUUUUAAGGGCAACAUAUGUCUUUUCUUUUAUGAAUGUGAUUAUCUAUCAGCUUGAUGUGUGUGAUGACAGCCCUCACAUUAAAUGUUUGCAUUAAAGGUCAAGCAAACACACUGAAGAUGAAGCUCAUAAAGGCUUUUUCAAUAAAAUCUGACACACCAAA